AUGGUGGGUUGGGACUGCGGCAAAGGAUUUGAACCUGAAUGGAAUGAGACCUUUGUGUUCACCGUCUCCGAUGGCGCUACAGAGCUAUUCAUCAAGCUCCUGGAUAGUGACAGUGGCACCGAUGAUGAUUUUGUUGGUGAAGCAACGAUUCCUCUGGAAGCAGUUUAUAUAGAAGGAAGCAUCCCUACAACUGUUUACAGUGUUGUGAAAUAUGAAGAAUACCGCGGAGAAAUCAAAGUUGGUCUCACAUUCACUCCAGAGGUUCGUUUUCAUCAAACCAGAGAAAAAAAGGCUCACACGCAAGUUUAUCAGAUUGCUUUUUGCUAA